UACACAAUUAUACACGUCACGUGGAUUACGUGACAUACCACGCGGCACCAUCGUUCUUGACGAGCAAAUUUUAUAUUGUUUAUUUAGAGGACAAUAAAUCAGAUAUCCCAUUAUGGCAAGCAAAGUAAAGGUGGGAAUAAUAAGCGGCUCGGGUCUAGGUGAUUCUCUACAAAAGAUAUUUAAUUGCAACGAUGUCACGAGUCGCGAAAGUGCAAAGAAUGAUUUUGGAUAUCCAUCCAGCGAUCUUUAUCACGGAUGUAUCAAUGGAGUAAGCAUAGUCUUAUUGUCCAGACAUGGUCCAGGGCAUAAAAUAAGUCCUACUGCAAUCAAUUAUCGUGCCAAUAUAGAAGCAUUACGGCUUGCUGGGUGUACCCAUGUAUUGGCAUCGACGGCAUGUGGAUCAUUGACUGAAUCUAUUGGUAGGGGUCAAUUAGUUGUACCUGAUAGUUUUCUGGACAGGACCAAUUCCAGGAACGGUACAUUUUAUGAUGGAACAUCUGCAAGUUACAGUGGAGUUUGCCACAUGCCGAUGGAACCUGCAUUUGACCUAAAAACAUCAGAAAUAUUAUUGCAAGCAGCAAAAAAAUUAGGAUAUAAUAUGAGAAAGGGUGGGACGAUAGUAACUAUUGAGGGACCACGCUUUUCUUCCAAAGCGGAGAGUAACGCCUUGCGUCUAUGGGGUGGGCAUUUGGUCAACAUGACUACGUGUCCAGAGGUAUGUUUAGCGAAAGAGGCAGGCCUUCUGUAUGCAGCAGUGGCAAUGGCAACUGAUUACGAUUGUUGGAAAGACUGCGAAGAUAAUGUUAAUGCAGCUGAUGUCAUAAUCGUAUUCAAACAAAAUGUUCAUAAAGUGACGGAUCUUUUACUAGAAGCGGUGAAGAUGGUCGGCCUUGUAGAUUGGGAGCACGAUAUUCUCAAAUUGAAGGACCUAAUCGAGAGCAGUAAUGUAUCUGCGAAAAGCUAAAAGUUUUACUUGCAAAACGAUGAAGAAUUACAACGAUAUAAUUGUAUAUUAAUAUAGCAAUAUGUCAUAAUAGACAGGAUACGACCAAUAAUAUAUUCUUUAAUCUUCUGAACGAUUGUACGUAUGUGGUUUCCAUACAUUCCAAGUAUGUGAAUCAUAUUAUAUUUUACACAAGAUUUUUAUAUUUAUCUAUAUAUAUACACGUAUAAUUCAUACGCUAUUUUAUAAUAAUUUUUGUAAUUGCGUGACCUUGUAUGUGAGAAUUAAAUUUAUAUAUAAAUAUAUUCCAAUAUAAUCGGACAAAUUGCUUCAUAACGAUAUAAUAAAAUACAGAAUCGCACAAAA